GUUGAGCUGACCAGUCUCUCUGACCAGUUCUCACACAGACACGGGGAGUUCUGCCUCUCCCACCUUCUCAAGGCCGUGUUGUGAUAGUGUUUAUAGUUUGCUUAUAACCCCCCGGACCUCGUCGAGGAAGCAUAGUCGAAAUUGACUUUCAUCGAGGCAACUUCGCAACCACAGCAUUUUCUUUGGAUAUAUUGGAUAACUCAUCAUGAAUUUCAAGUUCCCUGAGUGUUCUCCCCUGACGAUGAGCCUGCAGGAGUUGGUCCUAAACAGUCCCGCCCAGUGGAGGAGACCGUCCGGCCAGUCAGAUGACUCGGAAUCUAAGGACAGCGGGUUCGAAUCUCCAUUCCCACAGCCAGGGGGUCAAAGUGACAGGUCGUCCAGGCGGUGUCUAUUCGGCGGCGACAGUCAGCAGACCCCACCAUCCAAGGGAAAGCGCAGCAGAAAAGAAGAUGGUGAAGGCAGCGCAUCCAAGCGACACCGAGCUGGUCGACAGAUGUUCCUGUCGCCGCAGCCAGAGAAGGAAAACCGCCAUUUCAACCCACUCACCGAGCGCGUGAAGAAGGCCGUAGACAGACUCGAGGUUAGGGAGGACCUCAUCGGCGACGGAAGUCAGAACCAUGUGUUGCCAACUGUUCAGGACGGAAAGCAUCAGGAUCUCAAGUGUAUCACUCCAUCAACCAUGUGCGGGCUGUUGAAUGGGGACUACCGUGACGUCAUCUCCUCCUUCCGCGUCAUCGACUGCCGCUACCCGUACGAGUAUGAAGGCGGACAUAUUAAGGGAGCUGAGAACAUGUACAUCGAGUGUGAUGUUGAGAAGCUUGUGAGGGAGCAUCGUCACAACAGCACCGGCAGGCACAUCCUCGUCUUCCACUGCGAGUUUUCCUCUAAUAGGGCACCCAAGAUGAUCCGGCACUUGCGAGGUCUUGACCGGAAGUUGAAUGCCGACUGCUACCCCUUCCUGUUUUACCCGGAAGUCUACCUGUUGUCCGGCGGCUACAAGGCGUUCUACAACACAAGCAUCGCCAGGACUCACUGUGAACCCGACAGCUACAAGCCCAUGCAUCACGAGGCGCAUGCUGCAGACCUACGUCACUUCCGGGUCAAAUCCAAGUCGUGGAGCGCCGGAGAGAGCCGUGGUCGAGUAAGGCGGUCGUUGAUGUCCAACUCUCCAUCCUUCAUGUAAACAGCUUGACCACUUCAAGACCGUGCUAUCAACACCCUUAGCAUUCAUAAGUGCAGCCCAAAGAACCCAACAUUGGUAGUUCCACAAGUUCCAAGAACAAAUCAACAGAUCUCGCCCAACAACUGUCAACUGAAUCAGCUUUUGUGCGGUAUAAUGCCUGCCUAAUGUUAUCAAAUGACCCUAUGAUUGCUGAAACGCUGCUGUGAUGUUUCAGCUGUGCCACAUCUCCCCUUGUGUCCCCAUUAGUGGGUAAAAAGUGCAAUAUUCUUGUUAUUGUUUUGUAUAUAUGUACAUAUGUAUAUAUCAACCUAAGUUAAUAUUAAUAUUACUAAUUUAUCUUGUGAGAUUGUACAGAAACAUACCUAGUGCAUGUGCAACUCUGCUGCUGAUAUAAUAAAUU